UUUCCUUUAUUCCCAUCUCGUCUCGCGGUCGCGGUAUAGUUGUUUGAUAAAACUUGAUAAUGUGUUAACGUGUUAAUCAGUGAUUUUUUCCGACAAUAAUCAUGAAACCUUCGGCGGGCAAAGGCGCCAGAACCACCAUACCGAAAAAGCUAACCGAACGGGAAAAGAUCCAACGAAAGGAGCUAAAACGGAAGAAAAAGCAGGAUCAGUUGCUGAAGCGGGUUCAGCGGGAGUUUGAACAGGUGGAACGGGACAAAGCAGCCAGGGUUGAAAUCCAGGUGAAACCGGUAGCGGAAAAAGACCAGGUGUCAACACUGAGCAUUGCCGUUCCAGGAUCGAUUCUGGACAAUGCCCAAUCGCAGGAGCUGCGCACCUACUUGGCCGGACAGAUUGCCCGGGCUGCUUGCAUCUUCCAGGUCGACGAAGUGGUCGUGUUUGACGAUUGUGGCACCGGCAAUCAGGCAACGGAGAAACUGGGAACCAUUGACACAUCCGAAGGAAGCACAUCGGCCCGUCGUUGCUGCGUUCAGUUGGCUCGGAUCCUGCAGUACCUCGAGUGUCCACAGUACCUGAGGAAAUUUUUCUUCCCCAUACACAACGACCUUAAAUUUUGCGGUCUGUUGAGUCCGCUUGAUUCCCAGCAUCACCUCAGACAGGCGAGUGAAUUCCAAUUCCGAGAGGGAAUUGUUACAGACAAACCAACUAAGAACGAACAAUCGUCCUUCGUCAACGUGGGUCUGCUGAACGAUGUCCUGGUGGAUACCCAUUUGGGAUCGGGAGUGCGGGUCACGGUCAAAAUGCCACCGGGUGUGGAUCUUAAGUCGAAGAGGAUUCGAGCGAAAGUGGUUCCACCUGCACAACCACGGCAGGAAACCGGUAUCUACUGGGGCUACAGUGUGCGGAUUGCAAAUUCCCUGUCACAGGUGUUUACCAAGAGUCCGUACAAAGGAGGUUACGAUUUGACGAUCGGAACAUCCGACACGGGAACCAACGUUCAAGAGGUGCAGCCACGGAGUUUGAAGUUCAAGCAUGCUUUAGUGGUGUUUGGGGGAGUUCUCGGACUGGAACCAGCCUUGGACAAUGACAACAAGCUGAACGUAGACAAUGUCGAGCAGUUGUUCGACGAAUACUUGAAUACCGUGCCACGACAGGGAUCUAGAACCGUGCGGACGGAGGAAGCUAUUCUGAUAUCACUUGCUGCACUCGGAGAAAAGUUUGAUCCAUCUACGAAACCGAAUGAGUUCACCAGCUUUGAAGCCAUCCCACAAAGUCAGGAUACCGGAAUCCAGCAAUAUGCUUUCAACGAGAAAAAGCCGAAGCAGGCGCCCAAAAUCGUUGAAUCAUCAGCUGCAGAAAGCUCUAAGAUGGUUUCGUCGGACGAUAAAAUGUCCAAGUUCGACUGAGUUCAAUAAAGCAACGUAAGUACAUGCUUUCAAAGCUCUAUA